CGGAGACCCAAAAAGAACAGCCAUGCCAAACAAGAAAUCAAAGUCCGACUGGCCAUGUGUAAAACCUAAGUCUAAUUUGAAGAUCUCUCACCUCAAAGGCGAUGAUCUGAUUACUGUUGUGAUUUAAAGGAUUUUGGACUUAGAUAUCAGAUGAUGUUGAGUUCUGAAAUACUUUCGGCUGUAUAUACAAGUUGGGAUUGGAUUAUAAUUGGUCGGAGUACUUGGUAUGACCAUUUUUAUGGUAUUCAGAUCCAAAAUUAUCUCACCUCUGCCGAGUCAAAAGCAUUUAGAGAUGCUGCUGAGGCAAUUGGUUUUGUUCACCAAGGGAGUCUUGGUCCCACAAUGGGAGAGGCUUAUAGAGACAAUGAUCGGAUAGCUGUUAAUGAUCCUGCUCUUGCAGAAGCAAUAUGGAGUGCUGGACUCAACAAGUUCUUUUCAGAUUUCAAGAUUCGAGGAAAAGUUGCGGUUGGGUUGAAUCCAAAUAUAAGGUUUUAUCGGUACACUGCUGGUCAACGAUUUGGUAGACAUAUUGAUGAGAGUGUUGAUCUGGGAGAAGGAGGACGUACAUAUUAUACACUAUUGAUCUAUCUAAGUGGUGCCCCUGGUAAAAGUAAAGCCAAAUCUAAAAACGACAGCAGCUCUCAAGACUCUUUGGAUCCACUAGUUGGAGGGGAGACUGUGUUUUAUGGCCCUAGAAAUGCUUUGGUUGCUGAGGUAGCUCCGACAGAAGGCAUGGCUCUGCUUCACAUUCAUGGUGAUAAGUGCAUGCUGCAUGAAGCUCGAAACAUUUUCAUUGCAAUGCAGAUAUGCUGCUGGCGGUGGUUUGUCUGUAUAUUCGCCAAAGAAGACGUGAGUUUAUUGGACCUCAAAUUUAUCUAAAACGGAUUAAUGUUUACUAAAGUGUACACUGAAAUUACUCCUUUUUUAUUUUGCAUAUGCGGUUGUAUGAUAAAACUACAACUUAUUCAGUAUGGCUCUGUAUGUAAGACUGAUGACACUUUUUGAAAUUUAAUGCUAUUUCUCUUA